AUGGCAAGCAACGGCAACGGCGAGGGAGGAGCAAUUGCGCAGGAGAAGAUCAACACAGACAUCAUCACCCUCACACGAUUCCUCACUGAAGAGCAGGCCAAGGUCAAGGAGGCGACAGGAGACUUCACACUGCUAUGCCACGCGCUUCAAUUCGCCUUCAAGAGUAUUGCAUACUACAUCCGAAGAGCAACAUUGAUCAACCUCACUGGCCUCCAAGGUACAUCUAAUACCACUGGUGAUGACCAAAAGAAGCUUGAUGUGAUUGGCGACGAACUCUUCAUCAGCGCUAUGCGCUCCUCGGGUCGCGUGCGCCUCCUCAUCUCUGAAGAGCAAGAAGAGGCCAUCGUCUUCCAUGAGCACCCCAAUGCCCGCUACGCCGUAGCCUGCGAUCCAAUCGACGGUUCCUCCAACCUCGACGCUGGUGUUUCCGUCGGCACGAUUUUCGCAGUAUACAAGCUUCCCGAGGGCUCCAAGGGUGUAAAGGAAGAGCUGCUCCUUCCUGGCACCGAAAUGGUUGCCUCAGGCUUCACCAUGUACGGCGCAUCUGCUCAACUAGUCAUAACGAUGAAGGGCGGCAAUGUCAACGGCUUCACUCUUGACAACGCCUUCGGAGAGUUCAUCCUCACUCACCCAGACAUGAAGGUUCCCAAGACUAGGUCUAUCUACUCUGUCAACGAGGGUAACAGCAUGUACUGGGAAGAGCCCGUCAAGGACUGGUGCAAUAGCCUCAAGAACCCUGCCGAGGGCGGGAAACCAUACAGCGCACGAUACAUUGGUUCCAUGGUUGCAGAUGCAUACCGAACACUGCUAUAUGGAGGUAUUUUCGCAUAUCCCGCAGAUAAGAAGACACCAAAGGGCAAGCUGCGCAUUCUCUACGAGUGCGCGCCUAUGGCCAUGGUUUUCGAGAAUGCUGGCGGCUUGGCAGUCAACAGCAAGAUGGAGCGCAUGCUCGAAGUCGUUCCCGAGCACAUCCACGACCGAUCAGGCAUCUUCUUGGGCUCAGAAGGUGAAGUCCAAAAGGUCAUUGACGCGCACAAGAAAUAUCAGAAAUAG